AGAGACGGCGGAGGCGGCAUCUAGUGUUUAUAUCUAUACGAGGAAAACAUUACACGUCAUCACUGCGCGACGCCGUCAAGAAGCGCCGCGCAGCUCCAGCUGUUUAGCCCGUAUCCGUCUCUAUGGUUCACCCGGCUCCCGUGCUCCUCGGCGGGCAGAGCCGCAGCUCGUAGCCGCCUCCAGAUGGAGGAGGGUCCGCAGCUUCCCCCGGAGCUCUGGGUCUACGUGUUCAGCUUCCUGAGCACCGAGGAGAAACACACGGUCCGCUGCUGCUGCAGGUCCCUGAAGAGGCUUAUCGACCACCCGUCCCUGUGGAGGAACUACACCGUGGCGCUGUCCGACCUCCGCCGCUACACCUACGGCUUCUGGGACACGCUGCUGCAGCGACAACUCACCCGGGUCUCGGUGCGACACCUGCGGCGUAAAGAGUGGCGGCGCCUGGUGACUUUCCUCCCGUCUCUCACCGCCGUGGUGUUCGUGGACGGAGGGCGACUCUACAAAGAGAAGUACCUGGACAACCUGAGCAGGUUCCCCCACCUCCGGGACCUGGGGGUGCGUAACGGCAGCUGGGAGGAGCCGAUGCUGGGGAGGAUUCUGAGGGAGCAGCUGCAGGAGCGACUGACUCACCUGAGUGUCUGCAACGUGAGGCUUCCCUGCACCGAGGACUUCAUCCAGACCGUGUCCCACCUGGUCCACCUGCAGUACCUGCUGUUCCACCAGCAGGGGGAGGGCUACGGCCUGGACACCGUGAGGCCCGUGUCCCGACAAGUCUUCCACCGGCUCCUCCUCAAGCUCCAGAGGCUCCGGCACCUGUCCUGGGGCAUGAGGGGGGAGCCCCCGGAGCCCCUCCCCGACGACUACCUGAGCCCCCCGGACCCAGAGCAUCCAGCCUCCUCCAGGUACGGGGGUCCGUCUCUCUCCAGUCUGGAGCUGGUGGACUACCCAGAGACCCUCCUGUCCGAGGAGGCGCUGAGGAGCCUGGGGGGUCUCCGGUCCCUGAGCGUCCGCUACAGGUACAUCAGGGAGGGGGUGGAGUGCCGCCUCCGGUCGUGGCUGAGUCACCUGGAAGGACUGGAGACCUUGUCCAUCAUCGGAGGGAACUCCCUGGCCACCUACACCACCACGGUCCCGUCCAGCGUGACCCGGCUCACCCUCAGAGUGGCCAUCACCCUCAAGGACAUGGACUCCAUCGCCCCCAAGGUCCCGGGACUGGUCCACCUGGACAUCGAGCAGAACCGGUCCAGCGGGAGCCUCUGCAGACGCAUCCCCAUGUUGUUCCCUCGGCUCAGGACGCUCCGGAUCAGGUUUUUCCGGAGGGAGCCGGAGAAGGACCUGCUGAGCCUCCACCGGCUCCGUCACCUGGAGCGUCUGGAGCUGCUGGUGGAGCGCUCCUUCAUCCUCAGAGACUACCUGAACGGGCACCCGUGGCCCAGCCCCUGCGUCCAGGAGCUGAUCCACGAGCUGAGGGAGCUGUCCGAGAACCGGAUCACUGUGGUCACCGCCAUGAGGCAGAGGAACCCCCUCAGGGAGUGUGACUGUGUCUGGGAGGGCGACUGACCACCAGGACCUGGUCCCCCGCCAAGCUCCAAGACCUGGUCCACCACCAGGACCUGGUCCACCUCUAAGCUCCUAGGCCUGGUCCACCACCAGGACCUGGUCCACCACCAAGGUCCAAGACCUGGUCCACCACCAGGACCUGGUCCACCA